AUGACUUGUUUUAUCUUGCAUAAUGUGGCUAAGCACCUUAAUGAUGAAGAUUUCGCUGUUGAUAUACCGGGAGAUGGCGAACAAGAAGAAAUCCAUAAUCAACAUGGUGCUGACUAUGCUGAUGGAGUGAUACGUCAGAGAGAAGGCUCCUUACUGGGUCCGGCUUUCAUUGUGGUAGGUUUCAGUACUGGUCCUGAACUUCCAGAUGCUUCUUCGGAUCUGCCUUCUCAGCUGUUAGAGAAUAAAAAGAAACUCAAGGCGUCGAUACUAGUGUUGGUCGUAUCGUUAGCAGGAAACAUAAAAGCGUAA